AUGUCGGAACCAAGCCAGCGGCCAAUUCUUCUCUUCCUCUGCCAUCCACUGACCGGCCAUUUUAUACCCGUGAUCAAGAUUGCCAGCGCUCUGCGGGGUCGCGGCUGGGACGUGUGCUUUCUCGGUGCCUCGUUCUUCCGCUCUCGCAUCGAGGCGUCAGGCGCCGAGUUCUUCCAGCUGCAGGGCAAGGCGGACUUGGACGAUGCAAAACUCUUUGACAGAGACACCUCGGUGCCGAGGGGAGCCGCCGAUGACAAGACCUACCGCGCGCGAUCCAUAAUCGACACCAGACACCAGACGCUGCAUGCCAUCCCGGCAGCAUGGGAAAGCGUCAGGGCCGCGCUACUGGAACUGCACCAGCGCAAUGCCGGAAGACAAGUCAUUGUCAUCUGCGAGGCCUUUUUUUACGGAUUCAUGCCGCUCAGAUACGGCGCUCCUCUGCCAACUGGGGUGAAGGUGCCGCGAUCGAUAUGCAUCUCGAUUCUGUCGCCAGCCAUCAGGAGCAUAGAUUUACCACCGUUUUCCUAUCCGGCUCCGUUUGAACCGACAUAUGCCGGCCGAGUACGUAAUAAGGAGAUGUGGGCGUCUUGGGAAAAGCUGGCGCGUCCUGUGACGCAGUUGAUUGACAACAAGCUGGCCGAAGCUGGAGCCACGAGAGGGGUCGGGGAGGUCUUCAUGGGCGGUGCGAAUUACACGUGCCAUGAUGCGAUACUGCAGAUUGGUCUCUCGGCAUUUGAGUAUCCCCGCAGCGACUUCCCGCCGAACUUCAAGAUCAUAGGCAUCAUACCUCCCGGGCCCCUAGACUGGUGGCAGGAUGUUGUAUCAAACUCGGACCUAGACCACAAUGACGAGAGGAAAAAGAAGGUCAUCGUGGUGGCUCAAGGGACGGUUGAGACCGACCCGAAUGAGUUGAUUAUCCCCACGCUGCAAUGGCUGGCAGAUCACAAAGACAUCAUGACCGUCGCCAUCCUCGGACACAGGGGGGCAAGCCUUCCGCCGGAUUUUGACGUACCGGGCAACGCGAGGAUCGCGGACUACCUGCAAUACGACGCCAUCCUCCCCCACGCGAACCUGUGGAUCCACAACGGCGGCUACGGCGCGACAAUGCACGGCCUUGCCCACGGCGUGCCUAUGGUCAUCGCCGGCGAGGGCCAGGACAAGGCCGAGAGCGCGAAGCGGGUCGCUUGGAGCGGGGUGGGCGUUGAUCUCGAGUGCGCGCGACCCGGGAUCGAGCGGAUUGGCAGGGCUAUCGAAAAGGUACUCGGCGAGGGGACAUAUAAAGAGACUGCAGCGGCGAUGAAGCUGCUCGCAGAAGGAUUAGAUUGUUUUGGAGACGUGGAGCGCGAGGUGUUAAGCAUGAUAGAUACAUGA